AUGGGCCCCUCGGUGCGCUCUGGGAUUACUGUGUGCCUGGCCCUCGCCUUGGCUCAGGUGCUCACUGUGACCUGCCAGGAAGAGACCACGACAGACACCUGCACAGAAAAUGGAAUCGUCUACGCCAACAACGACAUGUGGAACCCGGAGCCGUGUCGGAUCUGCGUGUGCGACAUGGGGACGGCCAUGUGUGAGGCCGUGGUGUGCGAGGACCUCGGGCCCUGCCAGGAAGCUGUGACCCCGGACGGCGAGUGCUGCCCCGUGUGCUUGUCUGCGGCCUCCACGUCGACUCCCAGCGCCGAACCCUCAGCAGUUGAGUCUCAAGGAGAAAACUGCACCGUGGAGGGAGAAGUCCACCAACACAACGACAUCUGGAAACCAGAGCCGUGUCGUGUGUGUGUCUGUGACGCCGGUGUCGCUGUGUGCGAUGACGUGAAGUGUGAGACUGUGUCCAACUGUCAGAAGGUCGUGACCCCCGAGGGACAGUGCUGCCCCGUGUGCGACAACUUCGCCAGCGCGAGCAGGAGGAUCGAAAUCAUGGGCUUCAAGGGAGAGAAAGGUGAACCUGGUGAUAUUCCAUAUGUGGUCGGUCUGCCGGGACAUGCGGGACCCGCGGGUCCUCCUGGAGGUCAGGGCAGGACUGGACCAAGAGGCUUUAAAGGCAGACGGGGCUUCGCGGGGCCCCCAGGUUAUGACGGAGAGCCCGGCGUGCCAGGAAAUCCAGGACAAUCAGGACCCCCCGGCCAAAUGGCUCCCCCUGGGGGAGCCCUGGCGUCUCAGAUGGCCUUAGGGUUCGGUGAGAAGUCCAGUGUGGCUGGGAUGGUGACCGGAACAAGGGAUCCAACGGAGCAGAGGGGCCGACUGGCGGUCAGGGAAUGCCAGGAGACGUUGGAGAUCCAGGACCCAUGGGAGAGCCGGGUCAUCGAGGACCAGACGGGCCUGCAGGGAAAGCCGGUGCUGACGGAGAACCUGGAUCAGCCGGUGCUCCAGGAGAACCAGGACAUCCAGGAUCUGGGGGUUCACGAGGAUUCCCAGGACUCCCAGGGAAACGCUGGUCUUUUCGGGUCGAAGGGUGAGACCGGAACAGUUGGAUCGAAGGGUUCGUCUGGUGCUUCUGGUACGAUGGGUGCUCCUGGUCUACCGGGACCAGCGGGUCUGCAGGGAGAGCGAGGCCGAGCCGGCCCAACCGGACCUUUGGGGAAACGUGGAGCUGCCGGACAUGUCGGCAAACCAGGUCCUCUGGGUCCACUGGGAAUCCCCGGUGUACCAGGAUUUCCCGGGAAACCAGGAAUGAAGGGUGAAGCGGGACCGACCGGAGUGAGAGGGGGUCCAGGACAGCAGGGAACCAGAGGGGACGCUGGACAUGUGGGACCCCAGGGACAAACAGGACAACAGGGUCUGGGAGGCGUUCAGGGUCCGACGGGUUUGACUGGGCCACACGGCCCCCCUGGCCCCCAGGGGACGACAGGAGGAGACGGACCCAAGGGCCAAUUGGGUGACAUCGGACUGGCUGGAUUUAAAGGAGAAGCUGGAUUCAAGGGAGAAAGAGGCGACCACGGGGCUCAGGGGCCACUGGGCCCGAUGGGAGAGGACGGCAAGCGUGGCCCCCGAGGAGACGCUGGGUCCAUCGGACUUCCAGGACCUCAAGGAGAGACGGGAGCUCCAGGAAACAGAGGUUUCCCCGGUGGUGAUGGUUUACCAGGCCCAAAGGGAGCUGUGGGUGAGAGAGGGGUGCUUGGAUCAGGUGGUCCCAAAGGCUUAGAAGGAGACGUGGGACGUGGUGGAGAGCCGGGUUUAACAGGAGCUCGGGGUCUGACCGGACUCAUCGGAGCUCAGGGAGCUGAGGGGAAACAAGGACCCAUGGGCUCAGCAGGAGACGACGGCAAACAAGGCCCAGCUGGUUCCAAUGGAAACAGAGGAGCUGCAGGAGCGAUGGGGCUGCCGGGCCCGAAGGGCUUCGCUGGUGAUGCUGGAAAGUUUCCUCAUCAACGUCCAGAUGCUGAUUCACUUUCACUGUCUUCUAGGGACCGAAUGGAAAAGACGGAGAAGAGGGCGCUGCUGGACCAGCAGGACCAGCUGGCUCUGCAGGAAAACGAGGAGAGGGGGGACCUCAGGGACUCCACGGUUUCCAGGGUUUGCCCGGACUGCCAGGCUCACCCGGAGAGUCAGGAAAACCCGGUGCUGAGGGUCUUGCUGGAGAGGCUGGGACUGGUGGAGGCAUUGGGAGAAAGAGGCGCCCCCGGAGAAAGAGGUGAAAUCGGCCCCAAUGGGGGGCUGGGACCCAAAGGGAGUCCAGGUGGACCAGGACAUGACGGGCCAAAGGGUAGCUCUGGUCCAGCGGGUGGUGUUGGUGAACCAGGGGGUCCAGGACUUCAGGGGAUGCCAGGAGAGAGAGGCAUACCCGGACCUUCAGGCCCGAAAGGAGAUGGUGGUUCUGUUGGAGACAAAGGUCUGGAGGGUAAAGCCGGAUCUGAUGGUGCACGGGGACUUCCUGGUUCUGUUGGACCCGUCGGCUCCGUUGGACCCAAUGGAGACAAGGGUGUUGAUGGUCAGCCCGGGGCCAAAGGUGAAACCGGUGAGCAAGGCCUGAAGGGAGAAGUGGGACCAUUCGGACCACCGGGGACGGCCGGGAAACCAGGAACACAGGGACCUGUUGGUGUAACUGGACUGAAAGGAGGCAGAGGAACACAGGGUCAAACAGGCUCUGCUGGUUUUCCUGGUUUGCCCGGAGGAGUUGGACCAGUUGGUUCUCUUGGAGCUGUUGGGGCAGAUGGGGCCAUGGGAGCUCCAGGAAAGCAAGGCCCUGGUGGUGUUCAUGGAGAGAACGGAGCCCCAGGACGUCAGGGGGAGUCGGGACCCCCGGGCCCCUCGGGUGGCCCUGGAGAGAAUGGAGACUCUGGAGAGGACGGUCCUUCGGGGCCUGACGGACCUCCAGGACCUGCAGGGGCCACAGGACAGCGAGGCAUCGUGGGUCAGCCGGGACUCCGAGGAGAGGGAGGCAUGCUGGGACUUCCAGGUCCUGCUGGUCCACCAGGAAAACCUGGAACCCCUGGAACACAGGGCGGCAAAGGGCCCGCUGGUGGAGUUGGUUUGCCAGGAGCCACUGGACCGAGAGGAGACGCUGGCCCAGAGGGUGUUGCCGGAGCAGAGGGGUCACCUGGUAAAGACGGUCUUCUAGGAGACAGGGGAGACAGAGGAAAUCCAGGUCCAGAAGGUCUGGCUGGUGUCACCGGGUCUCCUGGAGAAGAGGGUCCUGUGGGAUUUACCGGCGGUCCAGGAGAAGUUGGUGAAACUGGCGCCAAAGGCUCCGCUGGACCCCAGGGACAGCCUGGAGUACGGGGGAAAGUGGGCCCUCAAGGACCCCAAGGAGAGAAGGGGACCACUGGAGAGCAGGGAGAGAGGGGACAGAAGGGACACAGAGGUUUCACCGGUCUCCACGGUCUCCCGGGAAUAACUGGGGCCGAAGGAGAUUUAGGACUUACAGGUAUUGUCGGACCAGCUGGACAUAGGGGCCCUCCAGGAGUGUUGGGUCCCGCAGGAAACGAAGGGCACAUCGGUCAGCCGGGACCAAUGGGAGCUCCCGGGAGCCGAGGAUCCGGUGGAGACAUCGGAGCUCAGGGUCCACCUGGUGAUGCCGGACCUUCCGGCCCCCCUGGCCCCCCAGGACCUCCCUCUGCGAUGAUGGAAGACCUCAUGGUCCCGAUGGAUUACGACGGGAACGGCGACGCUCCACAUGCUAUGGAAUUCUUCGAGGCCGAUGAUCCCCCCCCGGAGUUGGGAGAUGAAGCCCUCCCCAAUAAGAAUGCUGCCGCCCUACGCGCUGACACCGGUGUCCAAGCUUCCCUGAAGACCCUCAGCGGACAUCUGCAGAACCUGCGCAUUCCUGACGGCAGCAAGAUGAACCCAGCGAAAACCUGCCAGGACAUCAAGCUGUGCUACCCCCAGAAGAAGAGCGGUGAGUACUGGAUUGAUCCAAACCAGGGCAGCACCAAAGACGCCAUCAGGGUGUUCUGUAAUAUGGAGAACGGUGAAACCUGCAUCUCCGCAAAUCCGGCAAAUAUUCCCCGCAAAGCCUGGUGGACGAAAUCCAGUCCCAGCGCCAACAAACCCGUUUGGUUCGAAGCCACCAUGAACGGUGGAGUCAAAUUCGCCUACGGAAACAAGGAGGAGCUGCCCAAUGCAGUGGCCGUUCAGAUGAAGCUGCUGCAGCUGCUGUCCACUGGGUCGCACCAGAACGUCACCUACCACUGCAGGAACAGCGUGGCCUACAAAGACGCCCAGAGCAGCAACCUGAAGAAAGCUCUGGUCCUCAAAGGCGCCAACGGCCAAGAGCUGAGAGCGCAGGGCAACAACCGCCUCCGCUACACCGUCAUCGAGGACGGCUGCUCGGAAUCAAAUGGAAACUGGGGCAAGACAGUGAUCGAGUACAGGACUCAAACCUCGGCCAGGCUGCCCAUCAUGGACUUGGCCCCCAUGGACGUCGGGAAGCCGGAUCAGGAGUUCGGCCUGGACAUUGGCCCUGUGUGCUUCUCAUAA